AAAAAAAUCUUAAAAAAACAAUUCGCCAGAUAAACAAAAACAGUCAAGAUUUAUAUGAAAUGUACUUUCGUUUUCUGUUUCAUCAAUGUCGUCCACUAGUACUACUUUGCCGUUUGCCUCCGCCUCCACCACCGACAUCGUAAUUAUUGCCGUUGUGCGUUACUCUGUUUGUUGUACUAUGCUGUUGCUGCUGUAGUUAUUAAAAAUUGUCAAUUGUUCAUCAUAUCAAUCAUUUUUGAUCAAAGUGAAAUUAAAAUCUCAUUUGUGACUUGAUUUUAAUGUUUUGACUUCAUUGGGCAAUUUGUACUGUGCGAACACCUUUUGCAAUUCAAUGCUGAUUUUAAGUGCUAUUUGUGAUUGAACAGGCUGUGUGAAAAGACCGUUUUAAGAUCGCCAUUCAAAAUUAAGUCCUUUAAUUUUAAAAAUUUGUUAACAUACGUACAAUAAACUAAACUACACAAAACAGUGGACCUAGAAUAUGUUCUUCUCUACUUUAAAUUGAGAUUCAAUUUAAAGACAACAGUUAAUAUUUAAAAAAAAAAAACAUUUACCAAUAAAAUUUGUUGGUAUAAUUUAAGCAUUUAUUGUCUCCUAAAAUUCUAAUCUAAUAUAAAAUGGUGGAAAAAGCAGAAAUGUCGAAAAUUGUGGGAGUUUCAGAUAUAACUGAAAAUAAAAAAAUAUGGAGAAUGUUGUUUGGUGAGAUGGUUGGCACAUUUCUGUUAGUCGUUAUUGGCGUUGGGAGUUGUGUAAGCGCUGCAGAUUGGUCACCUACAGUGCCACAAAUUGCCCUCACAUUUGGUCUAACUGUGGCAACAUUGGCUCAGACUUUUGGUCAUAUAAGCGGAUGUCAUAUAAAUCCAGCUGUAACCAUAUCAUUUGUGGCCGUAGGCGAAAUGAGCCUCUUGAAGGGGGCUUUCUAUAUUGCUGUGCAAUGUAUUGGAGCAAUUGCCGGUUCAGCUAUAUUAAGUAUUGCAAUUCCUGAGGAAUUAAAUGGUAUCGGUCUGGGGGUGUCAUCUCGAUCAUUGACGCUUACAACAGGGCAAUGCGUUCUGAUCGAAGCCUUAAUCACAGCUAUCCUAAUUUUAGUUGUCAAAGGUGUAUCAGAUCCCAAGCGUCAGGAUAUUAAAGGAUCAGCCCCACUGGCAGUAGGUUUGGCAAUAGCUGCUGGGCAUUUAUGUGCGAUUAAAUUAACAGGAGCCAGUAUGAACCCAGCACGGUCAUUUGGUCCUGCAGUGGUUCAUAGCACAUGGACGGACCAUUGGGUAUACUGGGUGGGACCCAUCAUUGGAAGCUUAAUGGCUGCGUUUGUAUAUAAAAUAUUUUUCAAAGUACGUAAAGGGGACGAUGAAGGAAAUUCCUACGACUUUUAGGUAUUAAAAAUCGCAUUUAUGUAUUAACAUUCGAAAAACAAACUCAUUCACCACUUCUUUCUAAGGCCUUGUCAUACAUAAACUAUGUGUA